UGUCAGUAUUCAAAAAUGGAGGUUGGUAGCUAGUAUGUCUACUGAAAGAUAUGGUUUGGGUGUUGGUGUACUCAAUAAUCGUUUAUAUGCGGUUGGGGGUGCUGGCAAUGUUGAAACAUUGAAAUCUGUUGAAUAUUAUGAUCCCACACUCGACACAUGGACCCCAGUUGCAGAAAUGUCUGUACGCCGUCAUGGUGUUGGUGUAGGAGUCUUGGACGGUCUUAUGUAUGCUAUUGGUGGCUAUAAUGGAAAAUAUCUUAAAAGUGUUGAGGUUUAUAGACCGAGUGAUGGAGUUUGGUCUUCUGUAGCUGAUAUGGAAAUAUGCCGAUAUCUUAACACUGACAUCAAUCGAAAAAGUGAGAAUGAAUAA